AUGCUUCGCUCAUCACUGUCGCGUAUAGCAUCGCGGCCGUCGCUCUUGCACUGUAGACCGUAUGCAUUAUCAAGGUUUCCUGACCGAAAGCCGGUGGGUACUGGCAGGACCAAAUCACCUCCGUCGCCACAACGAACACCUCAGGCCCCCGCCCCACCCGAACACGCCGACCAAUAUGGCUCGGAAGAACGUCCGUCAGCAGAGGAGUCUCCACUAUGGGAGGAAAGUCGAAAGAUAAUCGGUAGUGAUCCAGAGGAAGGGUUGAUGCGCCUUCUCUUAGAAAGCAAUUCGCUCGUCGUGACUAGACAAAUCGAAAUGCUGAAUAUCUUCAUCGGUUUUGAGCAGACAAAUAAAUAUUCCAUCGCGAACGAAGAGGGAGAACCCCUGGGUUUCAUAGCAGAAGAGCCUCGCGGUUUUCUCGCUCAAUUCUCUCGCCAAAUAUUUAGAACUCAUCGUCCUUUCCGCGCGAUUAUCAUGGACAGAGAGGGGACACCCGUUCUCUGGAUCCGAAGGCCUUUCGAUUGGAUUAACUCCCGGAUGUUUGUGUCCUCGCUGAAAGACUUCCAUGAGUACGCUGAAGACGGUCAACCUGUCCUUGACACAUUUUCCGAAGUACAACAGCGCUGGCAUCCCUGGCGGCGACGAUACGACCUUUUCCUUCGAGACAAGCCUCGCAGAAUUCUUUCCACAACCGACGAACCCCAGCCCGAACCAGACUUGGACCAGUUUACUCAGUUUGCUAAGAUUGACGAAGGGCUUUGGGCCUGGAAUUUCGCUCUGCGUGACGAGCAAGGUGAUGAGAUCGCUAGCGUGAACCGACAGUUCCGUGGAUUCGGUCGUGAGAUUUUCACAGACACGGGCCAAUACUUCGUCAACUUCACCCCUCAGAUGCUCAGGAUAGAUGAGCAGGGAGCUUUACAUCCACCUGUCAUCAAACGAGAGCUGGACCUACGAGAGCGUGCGCUCGUCUUAGCCAUGGCAGUGAAUGUGGAUUUCGACUACUUUUCGAGGCACUCGGAAGGAGGGUGA